AUGGCGGCGCGCAACCUGGUUCGAUUUUUGAAGUCGGCCAAUGUGUCCUUCUCCAGCUUUGAUAAGCGAGCGACAGGUGCAUGCGAAUUCUAUCGGCAGCUGGCAGCAGAGAAGACUCGCAAGGUGAACCCGAAGGCCGAAAUUGCUUUUCAACCUUCACUUACCGGCUCGCUGCCAACAAUCAAGUUGGAAUUCAUCAAUGGUAGCACGCAGCUGAUGGAGGUACCUGACAAAAAUGUGCUCGACAUUUUCGAAGAUGUGGAUUUUUUUUGCUCUCAGAUUGAGACCGAGUAUGAGGAGCUGGGCAAGACUAUUGAUUAG